ACCUCCAGUGACUGCUCUGGUGGUACUGAAGUUUCUGCUGCCCACCACGUUCAACAGGUCUGCCUACAGCCAGGAGCCACUCAGCACUCCCCAGCCUGGUUGUGCCUCUUCUGCACUUUAUCUGUAUUAUUGACUGAGAUUGUGCUUGGGUAGGAGCCUGAGUAACUGCUGUAUCGAUUUUAAGACGUCUUCUCCACUUUAUCUCCUGCAUCAUCAAAACAGAGUGUCAAGGUAUAGACCUGUGAUAGAACUCUUGUAGAGACUGAAAUUGUGGUGCAGGUACUUAAUUGAGCCUUCUCUGUUGCUUUUUACCAUGACUGGGGCAGAAGUUGAGCAUGGUGCCCAGGCCAAGCCUGAAAGAAAACCUGUGGAAGAGGGCAUGGGAGGGACUGAACGAGAGAAUGAAGUCCCUUUGGUGGUCAGACCCAAGGUUAGACCCCAGACCCAGGGAACUCCUGGAGCAAAGCCUAAAACUGAGUCCAAGUCUGUGCCUGGGGCAAGGCCUAAAACUGAGUCACUAGCAAUGCCUGGGGCAAGACUCAAAUCAGAGGCCUCAGAAAUAGCUGGAGCAAGGCCCAAAACUGAGUCCCCAGUCAUGGCUGGGGCAAGGCCCAAAAAUGAUGGGAGGGUAGUAGGUGGUGCACGUCCUAAGACUGAGGCCAAGGCAAUCCCUGGGGCAAGGCCUAAAGAUGAUUCUCUGGCAUGGUCACAGACUGAGUUUGGGGCUGAGGCAUUAUCUCAGUCAGAUGGAGCAUUCCAGUCUAAUGCUGUCACCUGGCCACUGGUCAGUACUGAUUCCGGGUCAGUUAGUAAAUCGAAAGACUUGUCUAUGGAUGCAGAACUGGUCGAUGUGGAUGCUGAAUCCUUUUCUGGCAUUCAGGUCCAGACACUAGUCCAACCCUGGUUUGUACUAGGGCAGGAGACUAACGGGGGUUCUUGGUGCUAUCCCACGCCCAGAACCAGAGAGCAAGUCUGUAAUGAAUCUGGAUUUUGGUCAGCAGAUGAGACCUCUGCCGUAUCUUCUUUGUGGGCUGGAGAAGAGACUAGUGUCAGAUCGUGGCCCAGGGAAGAAGCUAAUACCAGGUCGAGGCACAGGGCUAAACAUCAGACUAACCCCAGGUCCAGGCCCAGAUCCAAGCAAGAGACCUAUUUUGAUUCUUGGUCUGGGUCUGAGGAUGAGGCUAGCAACCCAUUCUGCUUUUGGGCUGGGGAGAAUACCAAUAACUUGUUCAGGUCCAGAGUGAGAGAAGAGACAAAUACCAGGUCCAAACUCAGAACAAAGAGAGAGGACUGUUUUGAAUCUGAGUCUGAAGAUGAGUUGUAUAAGGAGUCUUGGUUUUUACCUGGAGAAGAGGCCAAUAGUAGAUUCAGGCCCAGAGAAAAAGAAGAGCCUAAUGACAUCUUGAAACCCAGGGCCCAGAAUGAUGUUAAAAACAGUGAUAGAACUGAACAAGAGCCCAGGUAUGAGGAAGAAGUCAUUAUUGGGUCCUGGUUCUGGGCAGAAAAAGAGGCCAAUUUGGAGGCUGGAGCUUCAGCAAUUUGUGACUCUGAGUCAGGGGCUGAGGAGGGGGCCAUUGGUGGAUCAUUGUUCUGGACUGAAGAAAAGUCCAGUUUGGGGGCUCUGGCCAAAGAAGAGGCCAGACCUGAGUCUGAAGAAGAGGCCAUAUUUGGAUCCUGGUUCUGGGAUAGAGAUGAGGCCUGCUUUGACCUGAAUCCUAGUCCUGUAUACAGGGUCAAAUGCAGGUUUGGAGAUUCAGUGGAGGAAGAACCUAAGGUAUCAUCCAGGCCCCAAUCCUGGGAUGAGGUCACUGUUCGAUUCAAACGUCCUUGUCGUGUGUUUGGCUUCCCACCCUUAACCUCUUUUAGAAUUCCUGAAGGGUCUUAUGAAGCAGUUGAAACAAAGCCUAAGAACCUAGAACUUAGCUCAGAAGGGGACGAGGAAGAUUUUUUGUUUGAACCUGAUCAGCUUGAAUCUGUGUUCCCAUUUCAAUAUGAUCCUUCCUACCGGUCAGUCCAAGAAAUUCGUGAACAUCUUAAGAUCAAGGAGAGUGCAGACCCUGAGAAUUGGGCUUGUAGCUGCAUACAGUGUGAACUUAAAAUUGGGGCUGGAGAUUUUGAAGAACUCCUUCUAUUAAUGGACAGAAUUCAGGACCCUUUUAUUCAAGAAAUCUCUAAAAUUGCAAUGGGUAUGAGAAGUGCUUCUCAAUUUACCCGAGAUUUCAUUCGGGAUUCAGGCAUUGUCUCUCUCAUUGAAACGUUGCUGAAUUAUCCGUCCUCCCGUGUUAGGACAAGUUUCUUGGAAAACAUGGUUCACAUGGCUCCACCAUAUCCAAAUCUAAAUAUGAUUGAGACAUUCAUAUGCCAAGUGUGUGAGGAAACCCUCUCUCAUGGUGUGGAUUCCCUUGAGCAGCUGACUGGAAUAAUGAUGCUUAGACACCUCACUAUGACUACUGACUAUCACACACUGAUUGCCAAUUAUAUGUCUGGGUUUCUUUCCCUGUUAACCACAGGCAAUGCAAGAACAAAGUUUCAUAUUCUGAAAAUGAUGUUGAACUUGUCUGAAAAUCUUAAGGUGGCCAAAAAACUAUUCAGUGCCAAAGCUCUGUCAGUAUUCGUGGGUCUUUUUAACAUAGAAGAGACAAAUGCUAACAUUCAGAUUGUUAUUAAAAUGUUUCAGAAUAUCAGUAAUAUUAUAAGAAGUGGGGCAUUGGCCUUCAUUGAUGAUGAUUUCAGUCUUGAGCCACUUAUUUCUGCAUUCCAUGAAUUUGAGGAGUUGGCUAAGCAACUGCAAGUCCAAAUAGACAAUCAGAAUGAUCCUGAGGUGGGACAACAGAGUUAAUGUGGUUAACCACCUGCUGCUGAUCAGCCUUAUGUUCCCAAAGAGCCGUGAAUAGUGCUUUAGUGUUCACAGUCUGGUUUUAUGUUGUAACUUAUAUUUUUAAUGCUGCUGUUAACUUGUUGACCUCUUGUUUUAAGCUGGAUCAUUUUGUGGAUGCCAAAUGAAUAUUAGAACUGAAAACGUAUUUGUUGAUAUUUGUCUUGCUGUGCAGAUUGUGAAAUUUUUUGGUGUUGACCUUCCAGUGAACUGAGUCAUCUGAAUGGCAAAGUUCUGGAACUAGACAGGGAUAAUAGUUGUACAACACUGAAAAUGUACUUAAUGUCACUGAAUUGUACAAAAUGCAGAUCAUGUGUGUGAAGAUUCUGCAGUCCAACCUGCAGGGCAGCUGGUACAGCCUAGAUCACUCUGCCAUCGUAUGAGACUGAAACUGAUGGUGGGUGAUGUGACUAGGCACUCGCUUGGGCUGCAGAAAGGUGUAUUUACCUGUAUGGAGAAGGGACAGGACAGACAUACCUGACAAUUGAGACAGGUGGAUAGAGUGGCAGGAUGUUCAGGAGCUUGAGAACUGGGCAGCUAUCCUGAGGGAAACAUUCGUGCAGAGAAUCAACGGUUGCUAUGGAAGGAGAAAAACAGAGACCUGCACCAAGAUCAGGGGGAACUUACGCAGUUGGAGACAGCAGAAAGAAUGGGAGACACUGCUUCUUGAGAGGCUCUCCAGAGUCAACAGCUGGUGAAUGACUAUGGAACAAGCACCCAAGGACACAGUCCCAUGGAGCAGAAGCUGGUUGGCGGGGUCAAACCUUUCUCAGUGCUCAAGCAUACACCCUAUUGGUGAGGUCUGUGGUGUGCUGUUUAUGGUUUUCUCAAGGGGCCUUAUAGAAAGAAAGAAAGAUAACUAUGUCUCUGGUUCUUCAGAUGGUGUGCCAUGCAGAAAGAGACUUGAUCAAGUCCCCAAAGUGUCCCUUGUGAGACUCAAUUACUUACUGUCAGGACUGGCCUGAGAGUGACCUGGGAUAAAACUUGAUGCUGUUUGAAGACAGCACACUACUGACAAUGGCUUGCCUUCUGCAAACAAGAAUCUCAAGCCAUAAAGGAAUUUAGGAUGGACCCGAAGUCUUCUGGCACCAGUUGCAUCUAUGCACCUGUGCUAAUUGUCUGUGUAGCUUUGACCUCAAACAUUUCAUCCAGACUCUUCAAACUGUGACCUCAAAACUGUAUAUAUACUUCGACUCCAGAUAGCUGCUGUGAUAUCACUGAUGUCAGCCUGCCUGUAUGUAGGUGAAUAAAAUCUGAUCUUUUCCACA